CUCUGCACCCAGCAGCAGCAGCAGCAGGGACACCAUAGACUGGAUGCUUGUGGCUGAUCAUUGCUCCAGAGACAUCAGUGCAAAUCCACAGAAAGUUCCCCUGGAGGCUGCAGGACUUGUCUGGAGAGGCAGCUCUGGAUGCUCAACACCAAUGUUAGCUGUGGGGCAGAUGGAUACUAACAGACAGAGUGCAUUCGUGCUAAGCAGUGCCCCCCUGGCUGCCCUGCACAACAUGGCAGAGAUGAAGACCACCUUGUUCCCCUAUGCCUUGCAGAACCCUUCUAACUUCAAAGCUCCAAACUUGUCCUCCCUAAACACACAGAUCCCCCUGGGGACACCUCAUGGGAUUAGUGACAUUCUCAGCAGGCCCCUGGGAGCCUCUCUGGCAGCAUCUGGCAACCUGCUCUCUAGCCUGCCUCGUAUUAAUGGACUUGCCACCUCCACGGGGAUGUAUUUUAACCCAGCAGCUGUGUCCAGAUACCCCAAACCACUAGCUGAACUUCCAGGGAGACCCCCUAUCUUCUGGCCGGGAGUUAUGCAGACUUCUCCAUGGAGGGACCCCAGGCUGGCCUGUCCUACACAAGCCGGGAUGGUACUAGACAAGGAUGGAAAGAAGAAACACUCCAGACCCACAUUCUCAGGGCAGCAGAUCUUUGCAUUGGAGAAAACAUUUGAACAGACCAAAUACUUGGCAGGGCCGGAGAGGGCAAGGCUGGCAUACUCCCUGGGCAUGACCGAGUCUCAGGUCAAGGUUUGGUUCCAGAAUCGUAGGACAAAGUGGAGGAAAAGGCAUGCAGCAGAGAUGGCCUCGGCCAAGAAGAAGCACGACUCAGAGACAGAGAAGAUGAAGGAGAGCUCAGACAAUGAGGACGAUGAUGAGUACAACAAACCACUGGACCCCAACUCAGACGAUGAGAAAAUCUCCAGGUUGUUGAAAAAGCACAAAAGCACAAACUUGAAUCUGCUGAGUCCGUGCAGCAAUAACUCGGACACCUUGUGAUCCGCUCCCCACAGAGACUGCACCUUAACCCCCUACUUAUUUACUUAUCCUCCAGAGAUUGCACCACUUUCCCCCUUCCUUAUCCCCAAAGACUGAACCUCUUCCUCCCCCCUUCCUUAUCCCCAAAGACUGAACCUCU